UUCGGCUGUUUCUGCAGGGGAAGUGAUUCUCAUAUACAGUCUCACACACAUUCCCACAUUAUAAGAAAUGAACGAUCCUAAAAGCAAAAAUUCAUUGAGCCAAAAGGUGCAAACAAUAUGGAGCUACAAUAUUUGAAUGGGUUAUGCCAAUACUUACACUUGAGCACUUUUUUUCAUCCUUAUUUUGUCUCCAUUUUCCUUCUCUCCCUUCUGGUUUUGAUCAUACACAGAAUUACAUCUUCUUCCACUUCCACGCUCAACUUACCUCCAUCUCCACCUAGACUACCAUUGAUUGGAAACCUUCACCAGCUAGGAACACUCCCUCACCGCUCUCUCCGAGCACUUUCACAGAAAUAUGGCCCUCUAAUAUACUUAAACCUCGGCCAAGCUCCAACCCUUGUGGUUUCCUCGGCAGAAAUGGUGAAGGAGAUGACAAAGAACCAUGACAUGGCUUUAUCAAACCGACCUCAAUCCACUGCAGCUAAAAUCUUAUUCUAUGGAUGCAAAGAUGUUGCUUUUUCUCCUUACGGUGAGUAUUGGAGACAAGCUCGGAAAAUCUGUGUUCUUGAACUUUUGAGCCUUAAAAGGGUUCAAGAUUUUCAUUCUGUGAGGGAAGAAGAAGUUGAAGCACUGAUGAAUAGGAUUCGCAAAGCUUGUGUUAAUGGUGGUUCUUGUAUAAAUUUAAGUAAGCUGAUAUUGGCAACUUUCAAUAAUGUAGUCUCUAGAUGUGCUGUUGGGAAAAGUUUUAUGGAAGAAGAUGGUAGAAGCAAGAUUGGAGAGCUAACAAGGAAGAUUAUGGUUCAAUUUGUGGAAUUCAGUGUGGGAGAUUUUUUCCCUUCUUUGAGUUGGAUUGAUGUUUUAAGAGGUUUUAUAGGAAGCUUGAAAGAAACUUUUCGAGCAUGUAAUCUAGUUUUUGAUCAAGUUAUUGAUGAACAUAAGGCAGCUUUGGAAAGUGAUUGUGGUUUUUCUGGAAUGAAAACCUUUGUGGAUAUUCUUCUCAGAGUUCAAAAGGAUAAGCAGCUUGACUUUGAGCUCACCCAAACUGACAUCAAAGCACUUCUAACGGACAUGAUCGUUGGUGGAACUGACACUAUUUCGACAGGAUUGGAAUGGUUAAUGGCAGAGCUGAUGAGAAAUCCAAAAAUAAUGAAGAAAACCCAGGCAGAAGUGAGAAGAGUGGGGGGGAGAAAGAAAAAAAUAGAUAUGAAUGAUAUUAAUCAAAUGGAUUACCUAAAAUGUGUUGUAAAAGAAAAUCUAAGACUUCAUCCAUCACUUCCAUUAUUGGUACCUCGAGAAACAAACUCAACUAUCAAUGUGGGAGGCUAUCAAAUUCCUGCAAAAACACAAGUGUUUGUGAAUGCCUGGGCAAUCCAAAGAGAUCCAAGUUUAUGGGACAGGCCAGAAGAAUUCAUACCAGAAAGGUUUGAGAAUAGCUGUAUUGAUUUCAAAGGUCAGGAUUUUCAAUUCAUUCCAUUUGGCAGUGGAAGAAGAGGAUGCCCAGGGAUAACAUUUGCAGUUGCUUCCAUUGAAUACGUUUUGGCCAACCUUUUAUUCUGGUUUGAUUGGAAGUUGCCUGGUGAUGGUGAUGGUGAUGAGUUAGAUAUGAGUGAAGCUUAUGGACUUAGUGUUUAUAAGAAAAUUCCUCUCCAUGUCCUACCAAUACCAUAUUCUCCUAAUUAGUCCGUCUAUUUAUGAAUAAGCUUGGAGGAUCUUCUUUUACAUGCAAUAGUUUUCCAUGUUUAAUUUCUUGUUCUGUGACUUGUAGACAUUGAUGUUAUGAAUAGUUUGUACUUUGAUUUCCAAUAAGUUUCUCUCCUGAAAAGGGUCUUGAUUUAUUGGAAAAUUAUCAAACAAAAUCAGAUCCAGUUUUUAA